AUGGACCUGAUCGAUGCAUGUAACCGGAUAAAGGAUGCUUAUGUUGACGAAUUGGCCACAAACAGCGCUUUGAUCUUUGACACCUGGAGGUACUUGACCCGCGUUUUGCAGACCGGUCUCUUCAUUAUCACUGAAGAUGGACCUGCACAAGAAAAGGCAGGACACAGUGUGGCCUCACAGCCGCAAGUGGUCUCCUGGCCCAACGGCAGUGGUUGCAAUAUCAGCCCGCCAUCCUCUCAUGUUGCUCCUGCCUGCGCAAGCCAUACGCUACCGCAACCAACACUGCCUCGCCCUGAAUGUUCCAUUGUCCCUGUUCCGGGACAGAAGCCCAUCUCGAAGCUUUCCCGUCGAGACAGGGCACUCAGAAACGUCCAACAUAACGCCCAAAAACGCGAGAAAAUCCUUACUAAGACCAACAUCAGCAGAAUUCUCUCUCGGCGGAUCACGGAAAAUCCAGCAGCUCGUGCCAGUGGCGAUUUAGCAGGAAGAAAACGACAUGACCUUGACCGAAUUGCGUUCUUUCUGGAGGGGUUCUUCGGAGCAAUAUAUCUCACCGAGAGAUAUGAAUCCUUCAGAGAAAAAUCGCGUGAGGAGAAUAAUGAAUGGAGAAAGGGAGGAAAGCCUAAGCAUGUGUACGAUGAAUUUGCCGAAUGUGAAGGUAUAAUCGAUUCGAACCUUCCGCGCAUUCUCAGACUUGGAGAGGUCUUGCUGGCGGUAUGGUCUUCCCGUGACCAUGCUCUUCUCCUCUUAUUUGACCAGCUUUCUACAUUGCGUGAAUUGAGCGUUAAAGACGCGGAGAGCCUUGUUCUAUCGUUGCACGAUGAGCCUUCAGUGGUGGAAAUUACCAGAACGCUGAACACUUCGGUCGAAAAAGCAUAUUGUCAAUACCGAGAGCUUAACGAAAACCUCUGCACCGCCGAAAGUAGGGCAGUCAUGGUGGACGCGAUCAAUACAAUUAUGGCAGACAAAUAUGCAAACCGCAUUGAUGAGAGCGAAAAUGAAGAGUUUUCUACUGCAACCGCUGCUCUUCCCGACCCUCUGGGUUCACUACCAUCACAUCAGACCUCAGUACAACUUGGGGACCCUAGUCAUGUCGGUGUCGUCGAUGAACAUGCCGGUGCAGGGAUGGAGUCGUUAGUUGCGGCUGCUCUUCACUCCCAGCAUCUGCAACAUGACUUUACUAACACACCGAAAAUCAUUGCAGAGAACUCGCCUGAGAUGGGUUUAUUCGAUCAACUUCUACAUCAAUCAGAAAGUAAUCGGCAGCAACUGUAUGUGCUAGAUGAUAUUUCGAAUGGUAGGGAGCCGCCACGUAAGCGUCUUUGCCUAGGUCACCCGAUCAAUGGAAACACCGCCGUGCCUACGCAGAACUCCGAGUCUCAGACAGCCAUAAUCGACAGUUUGACGUCGAUCGCCGUCCAGGGACGCCUUCAUUCGAGUCAGACGAUAACUCCUCCUGCGAACACUAUGAGCUUCCCAAGGACCUCGAUGUCUUUGCAGCAGAAUGAUGCGCUAGAAGACACGAGCCAAGAUGUCAAUGCCUAUAACUGGGACGACUGGAUAAGGGAUCCUGACCUUUUGAUCGAGCUCGAACUCUCCCUUCCUGCCAGCCACACGGACCAUUGGGCAUGA